GGCCCGGGACCAUGGGCAAGAAGCGAGAGGGGCUGAGCGUGGCCUGGGAGAUUGAUGAACUGGAGGAAAAGCUGUCACUUUGCAGACAGAGCAUGGAGGAAGUAGAUCUCAAACUGCGCAGGGAGAAGCUCAGCCAUGAAGGAAGAAAGUUACUGGAGAGAGAGAGAAACCUACUAAUGACCAAAGCUGACAACUAUGAGAAAGAACUGAGUGUGCUUCGUAAAGAAAAUCGCAAGAAUGCUGCCCUUGCUGUGGCCAUGGUGUUGUUGAUUGCUCUUAUUUACACCUGCUGGACAAUGUGAUUGCACUCAAGAAUUCUCCCUGCUGACCAAAUGAUUCUAUUGCGAGGAGCUCUUCCUUCUCACCACUGCACCUUUCCUGAGGGUGAGGAUCAGCAUUUCAGACUGCUGUUCUUGUUUAUUUUCUCAAAGCCUCACCUUAGGGAAGCUAAAAUUUUCUCAGAGAACUGAGGAAGCAAACUAGAAAUCACAUCGCACUCACAUUGGGAAAACAAGUUGAGCAGAACUCAAGCUGGAACUCUUACCCAACUUGCAGUCAAGACCCUCAGGCCUGAUGUAGGAAUAUAGAAUGUUCUCCCUUUUGAAGAGGAUCUCUCUGGUUGCAGACAAGUGCUCUCUGCCCAAGCUAGUCAGAACACAUGCCACCUCCUUGGUUGUUGUGUCUCAACCCUAAAUUGAAGGGACACCAAGCUCUUUGAAUCAGAGUAACCUUGUGUAUUGUGACAUGGACACCACGUGUCUCCAGAGCUGAGAUAAACAAAGAUGGUUCUUCUUACAUUUCAACAUAAGAGAACCAAAACCACCCUACCUCUAUAAAAACAAAUGGGAGGUAGGUGUCUUUUAUGCAGGCACAUAGCAGCCAACUUGAGAUCUUCAGACUUGGACUUUGAAAAUAUCUAUAUACCUCUCUUGUGCGUCGGAGUUUGCUAACUAUUUUGUGCCUCAGUCAACAUAUGCAGAAAAGAUUUUAUUGUCAACUCCCAGGGAUGGAAGUGCCUUUGUAGGACUUUAAAUAAAGUCAUUUGACAUUGUAGCUUUCAGCUUUUCCUUCCCCUUUUUGUUACACCUCCAGUUUUGCAGCAGGCCUCCUCUCAGGCCCCUGAUUAAGAUCCUAUUAUCCUGCAGUCUCCUCUCUUUCUGUUCCAGUAACAUACCUCAGGUAGCCCUGAGGGAGCACUUGUCAGGAAAGCUCUAGGGCACUACCUUC